AUGGCCAGUUACCUGGAAAAUGAACCUCCCUCUCCUGGGGAGAGCUCAGGGGAUGAAAGUCAAGGGGUUGAAGCAACCAGAAUCUGUGAAAAAAUGAAACUGAAUCAGAGACUUGCAGCAAAGGAGCUGGUCAAUACAGAGGCCAAGUAUGUGCACAAUCUCCAACUCUGUGCUUCUGACAUCCGAAGCCAUCUACAUGAGCUGCCACAGGGAGAUUUGGAUGUGAUAUUCUCAAACAUUGAUGAUAUUAUCCAGGUAAACAGCCGUUUCCUCAAAGGCCUAGAAAAGGCAGACUCUGAAGAAGAACAGCUAAGCUUACUUGGUAAUUUAUUCCUUGAAUUCCAAGAGGAGAUGGAGAACACCUAUAAGGUCUACUGUGCCAGCUACAACCAGGCUUUGACCCUGGUGGAGACAUAUAAGAAGGUACCCAAGCUACAGAAGGUGAUUCAUGAUGCCAUCACUGCACUGGUGCCCCAGGCUGGAGCUUCAGGCCUCAGUUUCUUGCUGGUGAUGCCUGUGCAGCGGGUGACCAGAUACCCACUCCUCCUGCAGAAGAUCCUAGAGAACACGCCUCCUGAUGACGAGGCCUAUGAGGCCUUGCAGAGGGCCACCAGAGCCAUGCAAGAAGUGAAUUCCAACAUCAAUGAGUAUAAGAGGCGGAAGGAAAUUGCCACAAAAUACAACAAGUUGGAGCAUCUGACAGUCAGGGAGAGGUUGGCCAGAAUCAAUACACAUUCUAUCUCCAAGAAGACUCUGCGCCUAAGUCAGUUGUUCAAGCAAGAAGCUGGGAUUGUGACCAAGACUGAAGACAGGGAGUUUGAUGAUUUAGAAGAGAAGUUCCACUGGGUGGCAUUAUGUGUGAAUGAGCUGAAGAGCAAUGUGGCAGCUUACUUGGAUCAUUUGGAGACUUUCCUUAGGAUCAAACCAUAUGAAUGUGACCUGGAGAUGGAAGGUGGAGCUGUGCAACAGUAUUGCUGCCUCACGAGAGACCUGCACCUACUGGUCUUCUUGGAAUUUAAGCAGCGACUGGAAAGGCUGGUGUAUCGCCCACUUCACCACCUGUCCAAAGCCCUCCUGGGGCCUCAGAACCUGAUCAAGAAGCGUCUGGACAAACUGUUGGAUUUUGAGCGGACGGAAGAAAAGCUGGCUGAGAUGGGCAGCAUGACCUAUGAAGAGGAGGCCAUCAGACACACCUACCAGGCCCUGAAUUCCCUGCUGGUGUCUGAGCUUCCUCAGUUUAACCAGGUGGCCACCCAGUGGCUGGGUCAGAUCUUGAACACACUCAUGGCCCUCCAGAGGGAUCUUGCUCAACAAGUGCUGCAGAGGGCAGAAAGAGAGUUAGCUCGGCUGCCCCAUAGCCAUGUUUCUGAAUUCGACUUCAGGAAGCUGAUAGAAGACACAUUAGGCAAAACCAGUGCCCAACUCCACACCUUCUGUCAGAACUUUGAGAAGGUGCUGCCAGUUCCAGUAAGACAACCACUCCAACCUGCUGCAGACAGACAGGUCCAGGCCCUCAUGAGCAAGUAUAGCCCCAGCAAACUCUACCAGGUGACAAGUAACAUCAGCGGUAGUGGGAAUCUGGCUCUUACCCUUCAGAAAGGGCAGGUCGUGGCUGUCCUUCAGGACAGGGACAUCAAAGGCAAUACUAGUCGUUGGCUGGUGGACACUGGAGGCAAUCGAGGGUAUGUGCCAGCUGGAAAACUAGAACCAUAUCAGGUGGUCCCACAUGAGGAGCCCAGCAUGCAGUCAGGGUCAGGGGAUGGUUUCAAGUUCCCUCCAGCGGAGACUCCCAGGGCAUCGGCCCAUGUUGCCAUGCCUGUUUUUCAGGUGGUGGCUGCAUACCCAUUUGAAGCCAGGAGCAAUUAUGAAGUGAGCCUACAAGCUGGACAGUCGGUAACAGUCCUGGAGAGACAGGACAAGAAGGGGAACCCAGAAUGGAGCUUCGUGGAAGUGAAUGGACAGAGAGGUUAUGUGCCCUCCAACUUCUUGGCCCGUGUUCCAAGCCCUACACCUUGGGGCUGGAGUUUGCCCACUGGUGACAGCUCCCUUUCACAUAUGUAG